AUGGCUGCCACGGCUUCAUCUCGGGCCAACCGUGACCCUCCACCUUCCGGACGCCAAUCCCAUUUCGCAUCACCACCCCCAAACAUUUCCAUCGCAAAAGGCGCUACAGCCCGCUCAGCACUCACAAAUUCCCGUGUCUCUGCCAAUGUAAGCUCUGCCGCUGCACGACGGCCCUCAAUCAAGGGUGCCACACAGUCCCAUCCUGAAGGGCGAGAACCUCACACGCAUAGAGAUGACACAGAAGAGCGUGACAGGCUGCUGCUCCAAAUUCAACAAAAAGACCAAACCAUCUCCACCUUGACUCAAACUAAUAAUAGCCUCUCCUCUGCUCUUAAUGAAGCAGAUUCACGCCUCAAUGAUUUCUACGCAGAUCAGAGCCGCAUGGAGGAGGAAAUGUCUGCUCGUAUAGAAAUCGCAGAUAAGCUGCGCGCUCAGGUCAGGGAACUCGAAAAGGAAAAGCGGGACGUCCAGCGCCGGUAUAACGAGCAGACGUCGACGUUUGAUGCAGAGCGUCAAGCUUUCUACGAUAACGAACAGCAUCUCAAGUCGCGUAUCCAGUCUCUCUCGCAGGUUCGCAGACAACCUGUAGUCGUACGCCCUCCAGAAUCCGACACAGGACACGAUUCCGACGAUUCUGAAAUCACAGAAAGCUCCCUCACGCACACGGAACACGAGUCUGACGAUUCCGAAACCACAGAAAGCUCUCUCACGCACACGUCCUACCUCUCGGGAUAUACUACAAACUACGAGGAGAGCGAACCAGCAGAGAUGACAGCCCUUAGGCUGGAACUUUCGACACUGUCAACAUCAUAUGCUUCACUCCAGAGUACCCUAAUACUUUUGCAGACGCAACUCGUGGAUCUUAAGAGGGUCAACAACGAGCUGCAGGAGGAAAACGAGAGCUACAUGAUCCUUCUAAGAGAGAAGACUUUAAGUGGACAAUUCGACCUCCUCAGACAAGUGGGGACGACCAGUACCACAGAGGGCGACGACGACGACCUGUACGACACUACCAGUGGUGGAAGCGGUGGCAGUCUGAAGAGUAGUGGUCGAAGUACACUAGACAGAGUCGACGAGAUGUCCGAACAUGAACACGACCUCGAAUCUGACGAAGAAGAUCAACUCGACCUUGAGGAGAGCGAGGCUACACGUCACACAGGCAGACACAGUCAUAAACGCAGCUCUGGUCUGUCUUCUCCAGGCGGCCGUGCUCCUCGUGGCGAGUCCCUUGCAGGCCUUCCGAUCACUGGUCCAGGCCUCGAUCUUGCCGCUGAACUGGGACGAGCAGAGAACAAGGACAUCAUCGGUGGAACCUCUAUCGAAGAUUCGGGCGCCUUCCCCUACGGAAAAGGCAAACGAGGAAAGAAGGGCUCGUCGGAGAGUAGGAAAGUCUCUGCAACAUCCGAGGGACUGGAAACAGGUGCUCCAGCUAGCGACCUGGACGCCCUACGGAGUGAAGUCAAGUCUCUCAAGGAUGCCAAUAAGGCUCUAUCGCUGUAUGCAUCGAAGAUCAUCGACAGGAUUAUUGCAGAGGAAGGCUUUGAACACGUUCUUUCUAUAGAUUACGAGAAAUCGCCCAUCACACCCUCAGCGACAGGCCCCAGAUCACCUUUCCCGCCUUCCAUCGACACUGCAAAGGCCCGUCGACAUUCCGCCUUCUUUCCUCGUUCAACCUCAACUUUCGGGCAGACUGGCGAAAGCAGUCCAAAUCCUCUCUCUCCUUCUCAACCUGCCAGCUCGAGCACGAAAGCCCAGCGUCGGUCGCUUUCCUUUGAUUGGAAGAACUUUUCGAUGUUUGGUGGGGGUGAUAAAAAGAACGAGUCCGCAAAUCUCCGACCUCUUACCCUCAAGCCUGGAGCUAGUUCUGUCACCGGGGCCCGCAAACUAGAGACAUAUGAAGAUGAAGACGAUAGAAGGGAGAGGGAACGAUUAAAUGCUACUAUGAAGCUGAUGGGGUUAGAGAAACCUACGGAAACACCUGUCAUCAUCCGAUCUGGACUAAGUAGCCCAGCACCUCCAAUGCAGAAAAGCUACUCCUCUCCCGCAAGCCCACCCGCAGUGCCCAGCCGAUUCUCGUUCUUCCGUUCGCAGACAAGCCAUUCUGAAACAUCAUCCAUUCACUCUGCGCACUCCGCUCCGAACAGCCAUCUCGCGCCGUACGGUCUCGGUAUUGACGGAAACGAGCGUUCGGAACUCACGCAAGAGGCGUUGGAGCACGUUGAGGCGCAGAAUGCCCUUGUUGCAUUAGACACGCAUGAGAAAGUUCUCAGCGAAGAGAUUGCCAAAGGGGCUAGGAGUGGUUUCACUGAGCUAUCACCAAGAAGCUUGAACGGGGAGGACCGACGCAGCCGGAGGAGUAAGAGAAGUGGUAACGGGAGUGGGAGCACUGUCUGGAGUGCUGGAAUGAGUCGUUCUGGGGACGAACCCGAGGUUGUUUGAAUCACUGUUAUUGUGUUUUUGGAGGUUUUAAGAGAUAUACCACCUGGAAAUACUGGGGGCUACUAUAAUGUUGUAAUGUGCUGAAAUCCGUCGAACAAUACCCUGUCCAAUACAUUCGCAAUACUUUACUACUAGCAUCUGGAACUGUAGGUCUUGUAAACGACUUGCUUGUAGACUUAUUGUAGACUUUAUGUUCUUAACUUGACGCCAAACAAGGAAAGCUGACUAACACUCGCA